UAAGCCGAGGACUCUCUAUAAUACCUCUCCUUUUUACUUUCUCUCAAGGUAAAAUCAAGACUCGAUUGAGGCACUGGCCAUUUUUGAGGUGCAAACUCUAGCAUUCCUCCUAAAACAGGAAAGAGCAGAUGAAAAAGGCGCAUUUAAAGUCCAAGGGUGCAGAUUCUGCCCGGUUAAUACCUUCUUUUUUUCUUUGAGAUUAUCUGGGCUUUCAAGCCCUUUGAAAGCUGUUAAAAUCUGGGAAAUACUGUUGCAGUGCGCAGAGGCGAGGAAGGGUUAAAGCUUUGAUGCAGAAUUUCCUGCAAAUAGCCGCCAGAAGGAUUUAAAGAGACAGGAGCCUGUUUAGAUCACCUUUCCAGGUAAUGCUCUCAUCCUGGCCUCCCGGUGGCUUUCCCUACGGAAGGAGCAGCAGCGUUAAAGUCACCACAGGGGUUGGCGGUUUCCGUGCCAGUCUUCCUGCCUUGUCUGGGGAGACCCUGCUGGCUUAGCCAGCGCGGAGGGAGUUAAGUGUUCACACCGAAGUGGGGGUUGCCGGGAGAUCCAUGGGGCUCAGCCUUUGGAGAGCUCAGCAUAGGGCCAGAAUCUCUAAUGGGGAAGAAGAACGUGCCCGAAGCAUCAGCAGCAUCAUCAGCAGCAGCCCUCUUUGCUGCUAAAUAAGGAUGUUUCCUCCACAUUGCUGGUCUCUGGCUUGCUUUGAUUUUCCAAGAGACUCCCAGCCAUGUCCCUAGCUCCAGCUUCUGCCAGAGCCCUCCAGCAGCCGGCAUGAAGAAUAGGAGCUGUUCGGAGACGGGAUCCGUCCGCUCCUGCUGCAACUCUGGCUGCCUGAAUAAAAUUAAGAAGGAUGACUCGGGCGACGAGGAAUCCACCUCGCAGUCUGACAAGAGCGAAGUGCAUGGCACCCUGAAGCACCUCUCUGGUAAACUGGACGACCUCAGCGCUUUCAACGACCUGAUCGCCAAGCACGGGGCGGCUCUCCAGAGGUCCCUGAGUGAGCUGGAGAACCUCAAGUUGCCGGCCGAGAGCGGGGAAAAGAUCAAGGCGGUCAACGAGCGAGCCACCCUCUUCAGGAUCACCUCCAAUGCUAUGAUAAAUGCCUGCCGGGACUUCCUGGAUCUUGCAGAGGCCCACAGCAGAAAGUGGCAGCGGGCCCUUCAACACGAAUGUGAGCAGCGCAUCCGCCUGGAGGAGACCAUUGAGCAGUUGGCCAAGCAGCACAACCACCUAGAACGGGCUUGUCGGGGAGCGCCCAGCCUCUCCGCGAACCCCACUGCUCACGCCUCCCGAGCAGGAAGCGUGCAGAGUGGAAAAGGAGACGCCAGUGAUGAAGAUGAGGAGACGGAGUACUUUGAUGCUAUGGAAGACGCUCAUGCUUUCAUCACAGUAGCCGCGGAGUCACCAAAACAUCACCGACGCACCAGCAGCAACAUUAGCGUGGGCAGCGAGGGUCGUUCAGACGAUUGGACCUUGGGCGGCAGUGUGUUUGAGGCCUCCACUCAUACUGGCCUCAGUGCUUCAAGCAAGCAUGGUGUCACCCACAAGAAGAGGCGCACUGAAAUUCCAGACAAGCCCAACUACAGCCUUAACCUCUGGAGCAUAAUGAAGAAUUGCAUCGGUAAAGAACUGUCCAAGAUCCCUAUGCCUAUCAACUUCAACGAGCCCCUCUCGAUGCUGCAGAGGCUGACCGAAGACCUGGAGUAUCACGAGCUACUGGACCGAGCGGUCAGGUGUGAGAACGCCAUUGAGCAGAUGUGCUUCGUGGCGGCCUUUUCCGUGUCUUCCUACUCAACCACCGUCCAGCGGACCGCCAAGCCCUUCAACCCGCUCCUGGGCGAGACCUUCGAACUGGACCGCCUGGACGAGCUUGGCUUCCGCUCGCUCUCUGAGCAGGUGAGCCAUCACCCCCCAGCAGCAGCUCACCAUGUGUACUCCAGGCGUGGCUGGACGUUGUGGCAGGAGAUCACCAUUGCCAGCAAAUUCCGUGGCAAAUACCUUUCCAUCUUGCCACUGGGCACCAUCCACCUCGAAUUCCACUCCAGCGGCAAUCACUAUAUCUGGCAAAAAGUGACAUCCACAGUUCACAAUAUUAUUGUGGGAAAACUCUGGAUUGACCAGUCUGGUGACAUAGAAAUCCUCAACCACAAAUCAAAAGACAAAUGCCAGCUGAAAUUCACACCCUACAGUUACUUCUCCAGAGACAUCCCCCGGAAGGUGACGGGGGUGGUAAUGGAUGCCGAUGGCAAUGAGCACUACGUCAUGUCCGGCACAUGGGACGAGAAGAUGGAGUGUUCCAAGAUCAUCGAAGCCAGCCAGGGAAACUCCAUUUCGGAAGGCAAGCUUCCGAAAACGGUCUACCAGACCUUGUCCCCCAAGGUCCUGUGGAAGAAAUAUCCCCUCCCGGAGAAUGCCGAAAAUAUGUACUUCUUUUCCAAACUGGCACUGACCCUCAACGAGCCAGAAGAGGGCGUUGCUCCCACGGACAGCCGCCUGAGGCCCGACCAGCGGCUGAUGGAGAACGGCAAAUGGGACGAGGCCAACGUGGAGAAACAACGCUUAGAAGAGAAGCAACGGGCCGUGCGCCGGCAGCGGGAAGUCGAGGCAGCCGAAGCGCUGGCAGAAGGCAAGGACUACAAGGGCUACAUCCCAAUGUGGUUUGAAAGGAAGGUGGACCCGGUGACGGGGGAGCUGAUGUGCGUCUACAAGGGCGGUUACUGGGAGAGCAAAGAGAAGCAGGACUGGAGCCAGUGUCCCAGCAUCUUCUGAGCUGAGCUCGUGGGCGCCGGGCGCGAAGCCUCUGCAUCCGUGGCAGGACGGAAGGGCCGGUAGCUGAGCCCCUCUGGGUGGUCUCCUGCCCUCCCCCCUCCCACCUCCCCAGCCACUUUUCGGAGAAACAUGCAGAGAUUCAAAUAAAUCCCGAAUUGAAAACAAAACAAAACAAAACAAAAAAAAUGCAAGCGAAGAAAAACAAACAAACAAAGAGUAAGACAAGACAAACCAAACAGGGAUUCCAAAAGCUAUUUUUAUGCACUAAUAAAAUGGCAUAUGAUUUUUUUAAGUGACUUUUUUAAGCUUACCAGUUAGGAUUUGAGACACAAUGGGGUGGGGUGUUUUUUUGUUUGUUUGUUUGUUUGUUUGCUAGGGUUUUUUUUCCCCUCUUUUUUUUUUUUUUUUUUUAAACCUGCCUCUGGGGUGGCAGUUAACUUCGCUUUCAAGGCCUCGGUUUCACUAACCAAGGCUCUGAGUUCCAAAGAUGCAUCUCUUUUAUUGGAAAUGGUGAGUGUUUCAAGACUUUUUUUUCCCCCUCUGAUUUCUCAUUGCCACGUGGGAAUGAACCCUACUUUUAAUCUGCAGAUAAUCCCCAUUCCCCCAAGUUUCAGGCAGCUCCAUAUACCCUCUUGGGGGAUCCUCGAAAUUCUCUAGGGUGGAGUGGGGGGCCAAUCUUCUUUCUUUAGCUCUUUGGAAGAAGUCUGUCCUUCUUCUCCAGGGUAGGGAGGGAUUCAAACCCUGAUUCUGUCCAGGGUUGAGUUUUCUUUGCAGCCCCCAGUCUGGAAAUGUGGUGGAGAGUGAUCUGACGUUUGAUUUUGAAGAUGUAUUAAACACGACGAUGGAGAAAUUGUUCUUUACCCUCCUAGGCCAGCUGUGUUUCCCGGAAGGAUUUUUAAGAUUUUCUCUUUGUUUUUCAACAUUUGGAGAACAGGGAAGGCAGCCACAGCAAAACCUUGGCUUCUCCGACCUUCCGGUUGCUUUUUUCCUUCAUUUGCUUUGGACAGCUCUGCUCGGGAGCUUAGGCGAGGAUCAAACACUCAGCAUUCCCCCCAUUCGGUUGAAUCAUGGCCUGUUUUCGCCUUUCGGGCAAAGCUGGUUAGUUUGCUGUCCUGCUAGCCAGGUCCCCAUCACUAACACAGGAUAUUUGUUGGGUUUAGAGCAUUGCAGGCUGGAUGAAUGCUCAGCCCGCUCUGGGAUGCCCUGGGCAAAAAUCACCUUUGCAACACAGCUGGCUCCAUGUGUGCAGAAAGCACAUCUGUGCCUGCACGCACGCACAAACAGAGAACCGUCUUGCCGUUUUAAGAUUUUCUUCCUCAGAUGAAGGAGAGGAAACUGGCAAGGGUAGAAGAUCGAAGAGGGGGCCAGCAAAAUGCCCUCUUGGUUCUGGUCAGCUCAGGCAUCCUGCGGUCACCAGCCUAGCUACCUCCUUAGCCAACAUCCCAGGCGCAGUCGGUUACAUUGAGAUAUGCUUCCGUUUCUCUUUCUCCACAGGAGACGUAGCUCCACCUGCUGCUCCCAUGGACAGGCCUUGCUGGCAUCUCUGCUGGCGGGGAUUCUGGGGACUGCAGUCCCUGUCAACCUGGGGGGCACUGGCUGCUGCUGGUGAUGGUAGUGGUGGUGCAUUGGGACCCUUAGCACAUUGCUCUCUGUGCUGGCCCUGCUCUGCCCCAGUCCAGGAUGCCAGAUCCAGUGAUUCUCAACCUUAGCAUGGCUAGCCAGGGGAAUUCUGGGAGUUGAAGUCCUCCCCUCUUGUAGGUGAGGAUUCCUGCCGUACUGGUUCCUCUUCCCGGUUGUCCAGCUGAUCAUCCCCCAGGGCCAGACUGCUUCGGGGGGUGCCCUGAACUGCUGGGGCUUGGAGAAGCCCCCCCCCCACCUUGAGCCCAACAGGACAGGCAACUAAAGAGCCCCAGCACAUCCUGCCAUUGUGCAGAAACAGCCCCUCCCCACCGAAGGUGGCAUCUCAUCAGCACUCACUGAGAAGUGGACCAUUUCUCUCCUGGGGGACAAAAACAAGCAAUAAUGGGGGGGCUGUCCCUAAGGGGUCUUGCCUCCCCUGGCUUCCAGAGUGCUAAAGGCACGGCAAGAUCCACGUGGGAUAACACUGGCCAAAUCCCCACAUCCCCUAUCCUGGAGGACCCAUUACACGCUCACACAUCGUAGCUAGGCCCAUAUACACACACAGACACAUACCUUGUAUACGGAAUAACAAUAGCGACUGAACAUCAGUGUACUCUUAUCGCUGAUGGCAGUGUACCUUUAAUCUCUAUUUAUUUGUUUCUAAUUUAUAUGUAUUAUAUAUAUAUAAUAUAUGUACACAAAUAUAUAUAAAAUUAUUUUGUUUAAAUUUAUAUGGGUAUGUAACUAGAAGAAGCAAAGAAAUGAAGACGGAGUCUCUCUGUCCGAAUCUUUUUAUAGUACAAAUGUGUUCAACACGUUUUGGAUCCUUUCAGGGUACAAUGGCCUCCUCCUACUCCACCCCCCCCUUUUUUUUCCUUAAGUAAAAUUAAGUAGUGGGAUAAGAUGUACAAACUGUGCUGCAUCCUAUGGAAUUCAGGAUCCCUGCACAAAAAUUGCCUGAUGGAUAGUGGCCAAAGUGGGGUAGUUUUGUGGGGUGUCAUUUGUUCCAAAACCAAAGUCAGAACAAAUUUGGUGGGCCAAACUUCUACAACUUCAGCCAGUUCAAAAGAUACGGACUUCAACUCCCAGAAUUCUCCAGCUGGGGACUUCUGGGAGUUUGAAGUCCAUACCUCUUGAAGUUAUUGAGGUUGAAGAAUGUUGCUGUAGACAAAAUUUGAUUCUAAGGUUAUGCUCUCCAGAAGAAACAACUUGGUGUUCUCUGAAUGUGUUGAGCUCCUUGUGUUUCCCUGGCAUCAACCGGAACUCCGGCUGGGAACGAUGGAAGCUGGUAGGGUAGGCCAACACAUCUGGAAAGCAUCAGCUUGAGGAUGGUGUCAGAUUCCUGAAGACCUUCAUAAAACCCAGGCUGGAGUUUUUCCAAGCCAGGGUUUGCUUGAAAACCUUUGUGCAUUCGCUUGCAACGGUGAAAAAAAGGUUGUGUGGAUGGCUCACCAACAGCAAGUGCCACCUGCAAUAGCAAAAGCAGAUUGGAAGCAGAUUGUAAACUUUACUUAAAUUUAUGUGCUCCUGGGAAGUUUUUCUCUUUAAAAAAAAGGGGGGGAGAUCCUGGGGGUGGAAAUGAAGAAUGAUGGCACAAAAAAGAAAUUUUCCUGAUAUGUUUGAACUGUAUGUGUGCCAAAGUCUCUUAAUUUAGGGAAGAAAUCAUUUCUUUAGUUUCUUUAAAGCUCUUAUUUCCUGGUUUAAAAUGCAGCCUUGCUGUGGGUGCUCCCAUCACUGGAGGCUUUUAAGAAGAGACUGGACAGCCAUUUGUCCAAGAUGGUAGGGUCUCCUGCUUGAACAGAGGGUUGGACUAGAAGACCUCCAAGGUCCCUUCCAACUCUGCCAUUCUGUUACUCUGUUAUUCUGCUUGUCUCUGGGUUUUAAUCUGUGUUCCGUAAAAUGACAACACCCAAUCCUUUAGCCCAAUGUUUUUCAACCUUGAUAACUUUUUAAGAUGUGUGGAUUUCAACGCCCGACAUUGGCUAGGGAGUUUUGGGCGUUGAAGGCCCCCAGAUCAUAAAGUGGCCAAGGGUGAGAAACAUGAACUUAACCAAUUUGUCUGGAGAUUAUUAUGGGAUAGGGAACCUACAUUGAAGAAACAUGGAUUUGGUCAUUGUGUCUUCAGGUACCUGUUCCGUGUCCAGCUAGGGGCGUUUUUUUGCAACGGCCCUGCUCUCCCUCAUUAGACAAUGCAGCGUGUCCUGGAGUGGACACAUUGCACUGGACAUUCAAAGCAAUUCAGGCCACGUUGCAAGGAUCUCCUCUUCAACAGGAUCACCUGUGUAUCUCCAGCAAUCCUUCCCCCCCCCCCAUACACACAAAUCCUCCAAAAAUCAGAGCCACAAACUGUAGCAUUUUUUUCCUGAUCCUCUUACAUUGUAAAAAUCUGAGCUGAUGUGAUGUUUUCCUGUCUCUUUCUCUCAGUUCAGCUUUAAUUAUGUUAACAAUAAAAGAUACAGGGAUUUUUGUG